AUAUGCACAAAAUACCUCAAAUAUUAAAGUGUGCUUGCAAAGCUGUAAUAGAUAAUUCCCCACUGUACCAAUAUCUGCAGGAUUUGGGACACACAGACUUUGAAGUAUGUUCCUCAGUGUCACAGAAGGCAGAGCAAUGUGCAGCAGCAGAAAGCCAAAGGGAGCAGACUGUGCAAGCUGCCCAGAAGCAAGGCAUCCUGUCAAAACUAGUUGAGUUUUUUAGAAGCUGGUUUCCUUUUCCACAUUACAAGAAAAAUGAUGACAUACUUCACCGACUGGAUGUUGGAUUUCGAUUUGACACGCUCCGUACCAUCCUGCAACAGGAAGUUCUGCUGCAGGAGGAUGUGGAACUGAUUGAAUUCCUUGACCCCAGUAUCCUGUCUGCAGGGCAGUGUAAGCAACAGGAAAACAGACAGCUUCCAACGCUACGCUCCCUAGCAACUCCUAAUAUUUGGGAUGUCUCCUUGUUCCUUGCCUUUGUAAGUGCACUGCUUAUGUUUCCUUCGUGGUGGAAGGAAUCAUCAUGGCUGCUGUGCGGACCCGUGCUGCUCCUCUACGCAGUCUUUAGAGCGUGGGGCACCUGGAGGACGGCCAAGCUGCAAAUGUCCCUGCGAAAAUACUGUAUCCAGCUGGAAGAAACAGUGGCGAAUAGCCGAGCCUUUACUAAUCUCGUGAGGAAAGCUCUACGGCUCAUUCAAGAGACUGAAGUGAUUUCCAGAGGAUUUACCCUUUUGCUUGACAGGGUCAGUGCCGCUUGCCCAUUUAAUAAAGCUGGACAGCAUCCUAGUCAGCACCUGAUUGGCCUCCGGAAAGCGGUGUAUCGAUCGGUCAGAGCCAACUUCCGAGCUGCGAGACUGGCUACUCUGUACAUGCUGAAAAAUUACCCUCUGAACUCGGAGAGUGACAACGUGACCAGCUACAUCUGUGUGGUCCCCUUUAAGGAGCUGGGUCUGGGACUGAGUGAAGAGCAGGUCUCUGAAGAGGAAGCACACAAUCUGACUGAUGGCUUCAGCUUGCCUGCACUCAAGGUCCUCUUUCAGCUGUGGGUAGGGCAGAGUUCAGAAUUUUUCAGGAGGCUGGCGCUGCUGCUCUCCCCAGCAAACGCGUCCCCCAAGCCCUUGGUGUCCCCGGAGCGGCUGCCUCACCACAUCCUGUGUGAUGUGACCCAGGGCCUACCUCACACCCACGUGGCCUGCCUGGAGGAGCUCAAGAGGAGCUACGAGUUCUAUCGCUACUUUGAAACUCAGCAUCAGUCGGGCUUGCAAUGGCCAGCCAGGACCAAGCAGGAGAGCAGAGAGCUGAACAGUCUCCAGACAGCGGUACGCAGCUUGCAGCUUCAUCUCAAGGCACUGCUCAAUGAGGUAAUAAUUCUUGAGGAUGAACUUGAAAAGCUUGUUAGCACUAAGGAGACACCUGAGUUGACAACAGAAGCCCAUCAGGUUCUGGAACAAAAACUGAAGUUUAUUCAGCCUCAUAUCCAAGCAAGCAACAGCUGCUGGGAAGAAGCCAUUUCUCAGGUGGAAAAAAUGAGUGGAAGAAACCCAAAUAAAAAAGGCAAAAUUGAAGUUUCCUGUGACAACCUACAGCAUACUACAGUACCUUUAACACAGCCUGCCAUAUACAUAGAAAACAAAGAUCCAAUCCCUGAAGAGCAGGAACUGGAAGCAUAUGUUGAUUAUUCAGAUACAGAUAAUGAAUACAAAAGGGAAGAUUUUUACUGCUUCUCCCAAGAAGAAAGAGAGAGGCAAGAGCGAGAGAGACAGGAAUCUAAGAGGGUGUUACAAGAAUUAAAAUCUGUACUGGGAUUCAAAGCUUCAGAAAUUGAAAGACAGAAGUGGAAACAGCUACUAUUCAGUGAACAUGCUGCAGUGAAACCCUUGUCUCCUGUAGAACCAUUGAAGCUACUAAAUAAUGUGGAAUCACAUAUGAAUUCAGAUACAGAAAAGCAGGACUGCAGCCAAAGUUGUGAUAAAUUUGAAGAAAAAGACUGUAAUCCAGAAGUGAAUAUUGCUGAUAAAAGCAGGACAGAAUAUUUGUAUGAAGAUCCUGAGAAGGAAAAAAACAAAGACAGUACUGCAGAUAAAGAUGUUUCUACAGGGGCUGAAGAAAGAAUGUAUUAUCAGUGUGAAGGGGAUGCUGAAGAACUCAAGCCGAGCAGUGUGGAUGGAGUACAGGCUUCACAGCCUCCCUCUAAGGAUGCAUUACAUUCAAAAAUCAAGGAUAGGCUGGCCCAGCUCCACAUAUCAACAGAUUUUAACUUCACAUCUGGUCUGGCUGCACAAGUUGCUGCCAGGUCUUUCACUUUUACUACAAUGCAGGAAGAGACUUUUGGAGAUGAUGGGGAGGAAGAGGAGGAGGAGGAAGAAACAACACAGGAGAAUGAAGACCUUGUGGAGAACUGUGAAAAUGAAGAUAAAGUCUCUGAAAGUGAAGUAAAAGUGUAA